UAAUCCAAAAAUAAAAUUAUAGCUAGAUGUGUUAAAAAUAUGCCAGGUUAUUGAGGACACUGGACUAAGGUAACGAUCAAGAUUCAACUGUAAUUUUUAUUUGUAGUUUGACAAUAUACUUUGUAAGUUUUAAUACAUUUAAUAUUGUAGGUAUGCAGUAUGCUUGUAAAAUAAGCGCGAUUUGAUUUCACAUUAUCAACGCUCUUAUCAUUAUUAUCCCAGUUGAUAAAAUGCGUUUAAUCACAAAUAUUUGAUAAAGGAAAUAAAUCCAGUGUUAGGAAAAUUAAUUGAAUAUAAAUUAUAAAUAUUUGACUGAGUGAAGAGAGAACGUUGUAAAAAACACAAUGGACAGGGAAAAAGGCCGAAAAUCUGAUCCUAAACAACCAAAUGAACCAGAGGUAACUGCAGUUUCAAGAUCUGGACGAAUUAUUAAGAAGUCUUCCAAGUUGCUAGGUUUUGAAUCUUCGGACAUACAAGAAAAAGAAAAAACUCCUAAAUCUUCGAAACAAAGUUCAAAAAGACAAUCAUCCAAUCACGAGCCACUCGAUCAAUUCAAUGACGACGAUAACAGUAUGGAAUUUUUAGAAGAUCAACAACAUUCCGAAAGCAAUGAAUGGACUGUAGACACAAAGGACUGUGAUAAUUACACUGAACCCAGUGGCACUUCUAUUUCAGUAGGAGAACACAAUCAAUUUAUGUAUGCUCUCAAAAAUUUAAACAUGAAAGAGCCAGGAUUUGUGGCAUAUGCAUUAUGGGCUAAAGAAGUACGCAAAACAUUGAUGAAUGCUUAUCCAAAUUUUAGUACAACACAAAUUAAUCAACAGCUCAGAGAUAUGUGGAAAUCUGUACCAACAGAAGAUAAAAGUCGAUGGGUACGUAAAGCCAAGAGAUUAUUAGAACGUGAAGGAUUGGAUGACAGCAAUACAAAUGACUCAAAAAUUACAGUAAAGAAACCAAGCGAAGAAAUUAUUGAUAAUUCAAUAGAUACUAGCAAUAAAAAUAAACCCAAAUUAGAACCGCUAAGAUCAACACAGCCUAUUGAUGUAGCAGCUCAUUUGGCUUUACUUGGCGAAUCAUUGGGCAUAAUAGGCCAAAGACUAAAAGAACAUCAGGGCCAAAUAGCUGUAAAUGGUAGUGUAUCGGUCCUUCUAGAUUCUCUGUUAUGUGCCUUGGGACCUCUACUUUGUCUUACUCAACAAGUAACAGAAAUUAAUGUGAAUUCCCAAGAAACAAUGUCAAGGUUAAUGGACGACAUAGCCUAUAUAAUGCCAGGAUUAUAAAAUAACUAAUUAUUAGAUUUUCCUGUAUGUAUAUAAUAUUUACCAAUUUACAAUGUUAAAAAAUAUACAUUUUAAGAGUGUAAUAGCGAGAAUAGCAACCAUUGUACUAAGUCAGACCCCCAUAUCAAGUUUUAGAUCCUUGUACUAAAUAAUUUGGGCUAUGGUAAUAAUUUUGACCAAAAUUAAAGUCCGUUUGAGUGAGUGAAAUUGUUUUUGACCGAUUGUCCACCGCAACUUUGUCAUAGUUGGGCUGUAUACAUCUAUUCCUUUUCAUUUUUGUUAGCCAAUUAGCUACAACUUGCGUACGGUGAACCUGUUUUGGUACAUUCUUAUUUCAUGGCGAAUGUAAUUAUAUACAUUUUUAAAUAUUUUUCUUACUGAUUUUAACAUUUUGAUGGAACACUUAUACCAAGUCGACGGAACACCGGUUAAGAACCACUGAUCUAUACCAAUAUUUUUUAUAAAUUAGGAUUCAUUAUUAAUUAUGUAUAUUUUAUAUGAUUUUGUUUAAAUAAUUGCUGAGUGUAUAUUAUAAGCAUUUCUAUACUUACUUGCCCAUACGGUAUUUUUAGUUGAAUAAAUCCUCGCUCAAUAAUUUUGUAGGUCCUAUAUAAAACUUUAAAUAAUACAUUUUUUUUUUUUAUAAAUUAUUAAGUCAAGAAUAAGCAUUUUAAGAAUGAUUUAGAUUCCGGUCUACUCCCCACCAUCUGUAAUAUAGUGUAUAUAUUUAUAAUUUA